UAGUCGAUCAUUUUUCUCCCAACAGUACUCCUCUCAUCACUCUCUCUCUCUCUCUCUCUCGAACUUUCUCUCAAAUCCUCUCAAUAUUUCCCCCAUUUUCCCUGAGAUUUCCUUUCGAUUUACAUAGAAAUCUUAGGGUUCUAGUGUAGAAAUUUAUGAUAAAUGAGUUUAGGUGAUUUCUCAGUCAUCUUUAGUUAGAUUUGGAGUUGAAUCAGUGUGGGUAGCUUCCAAUCUAGUGAAAAGGAUCCCAAAGUGUGGUUGUUUGCCGAUUAUCUGCGAUUUCUUCUCCAAUUUUCAAGUGCUUCUCAGCAGUCUUCUCCGUACUUCAAGUGGACAUAUCUAAAGUAAGUAAUGGAAACGAGCAGAGCGCAACAGCAGCAAAAUCAGGUAGAAUCCCGAGUCAACGAAUUGGAGGUAGAUGAAGCAGAAAGGCAACUGGAAGAAGAAGUAAGAGAAUUGGAAGAAAGAGUUAACCAAACAGCUGAGAGAGUUUUGGAGCUCAGAACCACACUUCCACAUCAGCUUAAAACUACUCUCGCUUCCCUUCAUGUUGCUCAAAGACCCGUUUCUUAUGGGGGAUCCGAAUCUCAGCCUGACCGCUCCAGUGACCCACUCAUCUCCGAUGUUGAAGGUCCUAGUCGACGUGGUGCUGCCUUAGCUGAAGAGAUGCAGAAACAAGCUGAGAAAGUGCAGCUCCUUAAACAGAAGAUAUCAAGUAUUGGAUCCGCCUUGCCUAUCGUAUUGAACAAGAGGAAGGAAUGUAUGGCAAGGAUUGACAAACUACAGUCAAGAAAAAAAGCCAUUCGUCCUGUCUUUAAAAGGAAAAGGACUAGCUGAUAAGCCCUGCUGGAUCUGCUCGGUAUGGUAUAGAACGUUUAGUUCAUUACUAGUAUAGUUAACAGCUUCGACUGCUGCAGAACUCGUGAGCUCUCUUCGGGAGAAGUAUUCGUUGACAGAGAUCUAACAUAGUUAGGGAAAACUUUCUUUCUGUACUUUAUUGAAUCAUUAGUUAGUUUGUAUGUAGGCAUUUCUUAGUAGUGUUUGGGUUAGGUUAUGAUGAUGAAAUGAAAAUGUGUAUGAGUAAUCCAUUUAGUUGAGGUUAUGCUUCUUGUGGUGCUAUAUUGUACAACCUUUUCUGCUUCUGGAUUUGUUAUACGUGUACUCCAUUAUUCUCUAUCCUCCGAUAGAGAUGCAGUUAUUUUGCUGUUUUUUGUUUUUGAGUUA